AGUUCAUACUUAUCAAAGCUCGCUGGCAACACAUGUGUACGGUAUCUGUUAUUAUGUUGGCUGUGAGGUGAACCAAUGCCUCUGUCUUAGAGUAAAGUCCGAGAGAUUCAAGAAGGAGUAAAAGAGUAGAGGAAUUGAGUGAACGGAUCUUGAGAAUCACACGUAUAAAUCGGCAACCCGAUUAAGACCCGAGGUAUCGUUCAGUCGCUCUUGGAUCUUUAACCAGUGCGAUUCGAUUCUUUGAUUCUAUUGAUUUUAUAUAAAUCGCUUUCGUUGUAAAAUAAGUACGGGCUGGUUCGGUGGCUGCAUUCCUGCAGGUUUCAUUAUUUUCAGAUCACAGAUCGGUAACCUCCUUUCCUUUAGCAGAAGUGAAACCGAAAAUAUAAUGUAUUGAUUUGUAAAACAUUUGUUGGUUUUAUUCUGUUUAAUUUACUUUUGAAAUUAAGAUGGGCAGCCCACUGAAAGCUUUGCAAGAUGAUGAGAGAUUUGCGCUGAUGAAAUUCAGGCGCAGCGUUCAAGCGAUCCUAGAGCCUCAUCAUGAUGACCAAUUUUUACUACGCUGGCUUCGAGCAAGAAAAUGGGACCCCGUUGCUGCGGAAAAAAUGCUAAGAGACUCGCUGGAAUGGCGAAAAAAAUGGGACGUUGAUAAGCUUAACGAGUGGGAAGAGCCCGCUGUUGUAAAGGAAGGUCUUCCUCAUGGGCUUUGUGGAUUUGAUAAAGAACAAUCACCAGUGGUGAUUGUUCCAUUCAGCGGACUUGAUUUAUACGGAAUCCUCCACGUGGUUUCAAGACGUGACAUGAUUAAGGCAACAAUAAAAACUCUGGAGCAUUAUUUAAAAUUGUGCAACGAGCAGGGGAAGAAACACGGCCCAGGUGCAGGUCAGGUGACUGUAAUUUUCGACAUGGAAGGAUUCAAUCUAAGACCUCUUAUGUGGAGACCUGCUGGUGAGGUGAUCAUAACCCUGAUACAAAUGUAUGAGGCAAAUUAUCCAGAGAUACUAAAAACCUGUUUCAUUAUUAAUGCGCCCAAGGUUUUCGCAUUUGCCUUUUCGAUCGCCAAGAAGUUUAUGAACGAGUACACCAUCUCCAAAAUCCAGAUCUACAAAGCCGAUCCUCCCAGAUGGAAGAACGCUAUCCUCAAAGUAGUCAACAAGGAUCAAUUGCCGGCUCACUUCGGUGGUACUUUGACAGAUCCUGAUGGAGAUCCUCGACUCACUACCAAAAUCUGCCAAGGCGGCAAAGUAUCCAAAGAUCUCUACGUCAAUAAAAACGAGAUGCACAAAGAGGACUACAAGACAACUAUCGUCCGAAAAGGAGACAAAUUCAAGAUCGAACUGACUCCAGAAAAAUUAGGAUCGAUCUUGAGCUGGGAAUUUAAAACAGAAGAUCACGAUAUAAAGUUUGGAAUUGUCAAACAAAAUAAUAACUCUGGAGAAAAAAUUGAAGUGGUUCCUGUUCACCGCGUGGCUGCUCACCAGCUUGAGGAAGUUGGUGUCCUUACUUGUGAAGAUUUUUCAACAUACUCGAUUGUUUUCGACAAUAGCUACAGCUUGAUGAGGAACAAGAAAAUCUUCUACAACAUCCGGAUGGAAGAGCCAAAUGAAAAUUUACAAGAAAUAGCUCUGCGUGAUUCGUAAAAUGAGUAUUAGAUGGUAUAAGUUUUAUAUUUUUGUAUUGGGUUGUAAAUAUUAAGCGAAUAUUAAGUUUUAUAAAAUUACAAAACUUUAUUUCUGUUAUUCUUUAUACAAUUUAUUGAAUAAAUGAUUGAAGGAA